CAAGAUUCUCCUCACUCUCUCUUUCUUACUGUACGUGCUUCAAAGCAGCGCAUGGCCAUUACACCAUUUCAUCUUCUCACUUUCAAAACCCCUCCUUUACUAUCAUAUUCAUAGUUACACUCCCUUUUAACCUUCCCUGAGCCCAAUGCUCUUCCUUUCUUCUUCUUCAAUGGCUGCUUUUCUACUUCUCUUCCUUCUUUUUCUCUCCACAUUAUGCUCUGCUCAGCCAAACCCACAAACCCUUUUGGAGAUCCAGUCACUCAAUUCUUUCAAACUCAGUAUUCAUGACCCACUUAAUGCACUAACUGACUGGGAUUCUUCUUCCCCAUUUGCUCCAUGCGAUUGGCGUGGAGUUUUCUGCUACAAGAACCAAGUCAGUGAACUUCGUCUCCCUCAUUUACAACUCAGUGGACCCCUCACUACACAACUCGCUAACCUACGCAUGCUGCGCACGUUAAGCCUCCGUUCUAACAACUUUAACGGAACUAUUCCUUCGUCCUUAUCCAAAUGCACCCUUUUGCAUUCUGUUUUUCUGCAGAACAACGAUUUUUCUGGUCAACUUCCAAUGGAAAUAUUCAACCUUACUGAUUUACAAAUCUUUAAUGUUGCUGGAAAUCAACUGUCUGGUGAAAUUUUUAAACUUCCUCGGAGUUUACGAUACUUUGAUGUUUCAUCAAACCUGUUUUCAGGACACAUUCCUAGGAAAGUGUCUGAGUUGUCUCAGUUACUUUUAAUCAAUCUUUCUGAUAAUCGAUUUUCCGGGGAAAUUCCAGCGAGUCUUGGUCAGCUUCAACAGCUUCAAUAUCUUUGGCUUGGGUAUAAUAAUUUGGUUGGAACUUUGCCUUCUGCAAUUGCUAACUGUUCAUCGUUGGUUAGUUUGAAUGUUGAAGGAAAUGCUAUAGGAGGUGUUAUUCCAGGGGCAAUUGCUUCUUUACCGAAGCUUCAGGUGAUAUCCUUAUCACAUAAUAAUCUUACUGGUUCAUUGCCAGUUUCUUUGUUCUGUAAUGUUUCGGUUUAUCCACCUUCACUUAAGAUUGUUCAGUUGGGUUUCAAUGGGUUUACGAAUAUUGUUAAAGAAGAGUCGGGUAACUGUUUUAGUUCCUUGCAAAUAUUGGAUCUUCAACAUAACCAAAUACAUGGUGAAUUUCCUUUGAUUUUGAGAAAUAACUCUGCAUUGACGUCACUUGAUGUGUCGUGGAAUUUGUUCUCUGGGAAAAUUCCAAGUGCCAUUGGGAACUUGUGGAGAUUGGAGGAACUGAGAAUGGCGAAUAAUUUAUUUGAAGGUGCUGUUCCAUUUGAGGUUACGAAAUGUAGUUACUUGAAGGUUCUUGAUCUUGAAGGGAAUCGAAUGACGGGGGAGAUUCCAAUGUUUUUAGGUGAGCUAAGAAGCUUGAAGACAUUAUCAUUGGGAAGUAAUCUGUUUUCGGGUACCAUUCCUUCUAGUUUCAGAAAUUUGACUAAUCUCGAAAAUCUGAACUUGGGAGGAAAUGGUCUCAACGGAAGCUUGCCCGAGGAGGUAAUGGGUUUGAGCAAUUUAAGCAUAUUGAAUCUCAGUGGAAACAAGUUUAACGGUAGUGUGCCGGUUGGUAUUGGGAAUCUUCAGCAGCUCUCAGUUCUGAAUCUGAGUAAAAAUGGCUUUUCAGGCACUGUUCCUUCCAGCAUUGGGACUUUGUAUAAGCUAAUGGUUGUUGAUUUGAGUGGACAGAAUUUAUCAGGUGAAAUACCAUUUGAUCUUGCUGGUUUGCCUAAUCUACAGGUUAUAGCUUUGCAAGAAAACAAGUUGUCUGGUAAUGUUCCUGAAGGUUUCAGUAGCUUAUUGGGUUUGCAACAUUUGAAUCUUUCUUCCAAUUCCUUUUCUGGCCAUAUACCAUCUACAUUUGGGUUCUUGACCUCAUUAGUUGUGCUUUCUUUGUCUAACAACCACAUAAAUGGUUCAAUUCCGCCUGACUUGGGCAACUGCUCUGCUCUGGAGAAUUUAAAUCUGCACUCAAAUUCAUUGAGUGGCCAAAUACCUUCUGAUCUCGGACGUCUCUCCCACUUGAGUGUGUUGGAUUUGGGUAGAAACAACUUGACGGGUGAAGUCCCAAUAGAUAUUGCCAAUUGUUCAUCCCUGACAUCGCUCGUGCUAGACUUGAACCAUCUUUCGGGGAACAUACCAGAGUCGCUAUCCAGAUUAUCAAACUUAACUGUCCUUGACCUCUCUACUAACAACUUCACUGGAGAAAUCCCAGCUAAUCUUACCACGCUCUCUAGCUUGGGGAGUUUCAAUGUGUCGAACAAUAAUUUGGUAGGCCAGAUUCCAGUGAUGUUAGGGUCCCGUUUUAAUAACUCAUUGGAGUAUGCUGGCAACCAGGGUUUGUGUGGGAAGCCAUUGGAAAGAAGAUGUGAGACAUCUGGUAAUGGUGGGAAUAAAUUGAUUAUGUUCGUUGCGGUGGCUGCUAGUGGAGCUCUUCUCCUUUUAUCAUGCUGCUGCUUCUAUACUUACAACCUCUUGAGGUGGCGUAGGAAGCUCAAAGAAAAGGCAGCUGGAGAAAAGAAGCAUAGUCCUGCAAGGGCUAGUUCAAGGACCAGCGGUGGUCGUGGCAGUGUCGAGAAUGGUGGACCCAAACUUGUUAUGUUCAAUGACAAAAUCACACUCGCUGAAACAAUUGAAGCAACUAGGGAAUUUGACGAGGAACAUGUGCUAAGCAGAACACGUUAUGGAGUAGUCUACAAGGCCUGUUACAAUGAUGGAAUGGUGCUAUCAAUUCGUCGACUUUCAAAUGGAUCACUGAAUGAGAACAUGUUCCGGAAAGAGGCAGAAUCACUUGGCAAGGUGAAGCACAGGAACCUAACAGUUCUACGUGGGUACUAUGCUGGCCCGCCUGGCCUCAGGCUACUUGCCUAUGAUUACAUGCCUAACGGAAACCUCGCAACACUACUCCAAGAAGCGUCCCACCAAGAUGGCCAUGUCCUCAACUGGCCAAUGCGCCACCUCAUUGCACUUGGCAUUGCUCGGGGCUUGGCUUUCCUUCACUCAUCGUCAAUGGUUCAUGGAGAUGUUAAGCCACAGAAUGUCCUAUUCGAUGCAGACUUUGAAGCCCAUCUUUCAGAAUUUGGCCUAGGGAAGCUUCUAGUAGCCACACCAGCCGAGCCCUCCACAUCAUCAACUUCAGUUGGUACACUAGGCUAUAUAUCCCCAGAAGCAGCAUUAACUGGAGAAACCACAAGAGAAUCAGAUGCUUAUAGCUUUGGCAUUGUGUUGCUGGAAUUACUAACAGGAAAAAGGCCAUUAAUGUUCACACAAGAUGAGGACAUAGUGAAAUGGGUAAAGAGGCAAUUGCAGAGAGGGCAAAUUUCAGAACUAUUAGAGCCAGGAUUGCUUGAACUAGACCCCGAAUCAUCAGAAUGGGAAGAGUUCUUGCUAGGAAUUAAAGUAGGGUUGCUAUGCACAGCACCUGACCCACUUGAUCGACCCACUAUGGCCGACAUUGUGUUCAUGCUUGAAGGUUGUCGUGUGGGCCCUGAUAUCGCGUCUUCAGCCGAUCCCACGUGCCAACCUUCACCCGCCUGAAUCCCCUCAACCCACAUGUUGUAACCCGAGGUUCAUUCUAAUUCUUUUCCCCUUUUUUAUUAUUAGCUUUAUAAGUUGUGAGAUUAAAUUUGUAAUGCAAUGCAGCAGUAGCUAGCACUAGCAGUUCAAUUUUCAUGUAAUUUUUUGUAGGUCUUUAUUUAGGUAAGUGAGAAACAAUAUUCUCUU